AUGGCCUCCUCUACCGACAUCGCCUCCAUUCCGACUCCCGCCCACUGCACCGCCGACUUCUGCUUGAUUCCAAUUGGAACCGCCUCCGCCUCCGUCUCUGCCCAAAUCGCCGACGUCCAGCGUCUGAUCGAGAAAUCCGGCAUCAAGUAUGUGAUGCACUCGGCCGGCACAACCCUUGAGGGAUCCUGGGAUAAAGUCCACCAAGUCAUUGGCCAGGCGCAUACCAUUCUCCACGAGCAGGGAAUCGUCCGCAUCCAGACCGACAUUCGCGUUGGCUCGAGGUACGUGCUCCCCCUUUUCUCCCUACGACUUCCCUUCUCCCCUAAAGUGGUGGCCGGUGGCGUCUCUCCUGACCCGAGCUCGAGCUAA